AGUUUCAUAGCUGAUGCUUGUCUUGUGCAGUACAGUAGUGCAGUAGCUGUUCUUGUGUUCUUGGCUUGGCAGUCCUGCUCCGUUUAUUGGAAGUUAGAACGUGUUUAUCUUGGCUUGGCAGUCCUGGCGUACAAAGCAGUACCUCUCGAAGUUGUUUCAAGUUGCUCUACGAUCUUACAUCCUAGUACUCGUGUUCAACUUUGGUUAUUGCGAUCGCCUUUGCUAAAGUUGCGUUGUUGACAGCGAUUACCAUAUUCUCCAGACGCAUGAUUAGUGCCUACAUCAUUGUCUUGUCGAGGAAUGAAGUUUAAAGGUACCAGUUGAGUGAUUGUAUAAGUUUUGAAACAAGUACAAUAAUGGAAACUUUGGAAAGGAAAGACGCUAAUCCAGUCCCUGAGGAGCCUAUCAAAUCAGAAGAGAUGGUACCAAGUCCUAGCACCAGUGAUAGAAGCAACAUCGCUGGAUCUCCCCCACCCCACUGCAGUAUAUGUUUGGGAAAACUGGUUAACACAUCAUUCACAGACAGUUGUUUGCAUCAGUUUUGUUUCAACUGUUUGUUACAAUGGUCCAAGAUAAAGACAGAGUGCCCUCUUUGCAAGCAAACAUUCAAGUCCAUCAUACACAAUGUUAGGUCAGAAGGAGAUUAUGACCAGUAUGAUGUCAAUUGUCAACCAGUUGCUGCAGCGCUGGACGUUGCUGUUGGCUUUUCUGCACAGCCUUGGGAUGUCAUUCGUAGAUCUCAUGGUGUAUCUCCUCUUUCUAUUCCAUCAAGAAGUUUCAUGUACAGAACAACUAUGGGUUCGUAUCACCGUCGGUUCAAUACCUUGUUGAAUGCCGAAGCAGUAGCUCGUCGAGAACAAGUUCCAAGUCACAUUCGCGAAGUUACCCGUGAAGACAUCAGACGCAGAGGCCUUGAUCCCUAUGAAUUUCGUCGAGAAAUCUACAGGCAACAACUACGGGCCGCAGAUCUACCUGAUGCAUUUGGACGGUUCCGCGAGUAUAGUGCUGAAUAUUACAUGCGCCAUCCUGGAGAAACGCGCAGACUCGUUCCAUGGCUCAACAGGGAGUUGCAAGUAUUGUUAAAUGAUAACUGCAGUCACAUUGCUUAUGUGAUGAAUGUAAUCAUGGAUACAAUUACCCGCUACAAUAUCGAUAGUACUUCAUUCCUCAACAUCGUUCAGCCUUACUUCGGUAGCAAAGCAGAGCAUUUUGUUCAUGAGUUUUUGAACUAUGCUCGUAGCAACUAUGACAUGGUAGGCUAUGAUCAAUCUGUGAUCUAUCCACGAAAUAUGGUAGGAGGGCUUUCGGAUGAUUACGCGACAGGAACGGUAUCGCCAAUCAGUACCUCAACAUCUGAUUCUGAUUCUGAUUCGGACGUUCGCUUAAUAGACGAUGAUCGUGACCAUAUGUUGGGCAUGCAUGCUGUGUAUUUUGAUCGAAACAUAAUUGAUAUUCCAGGACCAAGUUCGGUGGAACGUGCUAUCCAGAUGACUUUUCCUGGGCUACCGGAUGGUCCUCAAGUGCCCCCUGUCAUUUACACAAUAUCUUCAUCUUCUGAAUCUGAGAACGAAUGCGAAUUUAUUGGCUACGUUAAACCCCGACACGAAAGGACACCUGAAGUCAUCGACCUGGAUUCGUCUGAAGAUGAGGCUAUUAUUCCUGGACCAUCUACGUCAACCGAGAACAGCCGACCUGAGGUGCCUCUGACAGUUGUAGAAGAAGUUGUUCCCGGUCCGUCCAUUGUUCGCAAUUUGAACAUCAGCAGGCGAACCCGCCAGUUCGACGAUGAUGGCUCCAGAUGUUGCAUGUACGAAUGCUUUAGUAGCGUUUCUGAACCUGGUACGGAUGAAUCGGAUAGUGACUACAACCCUCAAAGUAAGUCUCGCCGCCGUAAGAAAAAAUCUUCAAAAAAUUCAUCUCGUAAGGCCCGUACGCUCAAACAUAAGAAGACCACUAACGUAGUUCGUAAGCGUGACAAAUUACAUAUGGACAGUGAAGUUGAAAGCGAGACAAUGGACAUGCCAUCUACGUCAAGAGGUUCUAAAAGAUGUAUUUCGGAUCAUUCAGACUCGGAAAUACUAUCCAAGCCAAGCAAGAAGAGCAAAAAAACGACAUCUCCGAUUAAGAGUAAGAAGAGCAAGCCAGUAUACCGACCGAUGUGUAACGAUUACGACUCAGAUAGUACGUCAACUAUGAGUUGUACCGAUAAUAGUGACCGAGAAUAUUCCGAUUAUUAUUCCAAGGAGAUGAGCCCAACUCCAUGGUAUAAUGAAAUAGACCAUUCCCCUAGUCAACCUCAACUUGCCAAGAACGGUGGUUUAUCUGGCGAAGAUGACAAUGACGGCGAUGAUGAUGAUGAUGAAUAUUUGAAUAAGAAACUCAAAUCCGUGGUGGCAGCAGCUUCAGUUCACGAUAGACACAGCUCCGAAUUCGAACAUUCCUCAUCUAUCAAAUCUAGCAGAGGCAGGUAUCGAUCUCACAAGAAGCGGAAGGAAAGCAAGAAACGCAGGCGAUCUUGCAGUUAAUUUUGCAUCCUUUGGAGUGCCACGGAAGUGUGAUUUUAAAAUGUGUAUAGAAUCUUUUUUCCUUUUAAUAAUUAAUAGGCUAUUUUUUUAAUAUGUCAACGUAUUAAGCAGGAGUCGUGACUAAGCUGUAGUUUAUAAAAAAUUGCGAGGAUAAAUUGAUUAUCCUAAUUUCGGAUUGAUACUUUUUCUGUUUUUUUGUUAUAAAUGAUUAUUAAUUGUAAGAUUUUUAUCGAAAAAUUUUACAAUAACUGCGGUGGCAUUGUACAAGUGAUAUUUGCUGCAAUAGUAAUAGCCAACUUUUUACUAGCUAAAAGAAACAAUUUUUUUUUAUUGUUACGACUCUACAGUAGUUAUUAAGUAAAAGACUUUCUUUCCAAAGAGAUGUAUAAAUGUGGAAAAAAUUAUGAUUAAUAUGAUACUUUGUAAUGUUGAUUUAUGAGAAUCUUUAGAUUAUAGUACAUACGAUACGACGUGUGGAAAGUGCGAUUUUCAACGCACGCUUUUUGCUGAGCGUGUGGAAAAAACGCACUUUCCGCAUGGAGUGUCGAAAAAUCAAUUUUAACAUAACAUAUUUACCAUUUCUUUGGGACUUACAUUGUAUGUAUUACCUUAUAUUUAUAUGCUUUCUCAAUAGUAUUAAGUCUUUAUUUUGUGAAUGUAUUAUUGAUCCUUGCAUUUUGUACAAAUUUCAAUAAAUAACUGAAUAAGCAUUUACAGCCUGGAUUGGGCAGU